CGUCAUAAAUACCGAGUAUAUAAGAUCUCCGAAGAGGCUUCACAAUCACGGGGAAUCAAUCUCUCUUUCUAUCUCUUUUCUCAGUCGGUCCUUCCCAUUUCUCUCCUCUUCGUGCUUUGCGUCGCGAGUAGCAGAGGCCAGAGGGUAUCCGCCUCUACACCGAUUCAUCUCGAUCUUGGUUUAUGAGCUCAAAGGAGAAACCCACUCUAGGUGGCACGCGGAUUAAGACCCGCAAACGGAAUAUUGCGGCGCCUCUGGACCCUGCAGCAUUUGCAGAUGUAGUGAUACAGAUAUACCUGGAUAAUGCUGGUGAUCUGGAACUUGUUGCUAAGAGCGUUGAGUCUUCAGAGCUUAACUUCUCAAGAUACGGUGAUACCUUCUUUGAGGUUGUUUUCACAGGAGGCCGCACACAACCUGGAACAAUCAAACCUGAUGAGGGGGAGCGCCACCCUUAUUCUGUAAUUGAGUGUGAGCCUAAGCGCGAAGACAUUCUUCCAUCUGUAAUCUAUAUACAGAAGAUCCUACGAAGAAAGCCGUUUCUUAUAAAGAAUCUUGAAAAUGUUAUGCGAAGAUUCUUACAGUCAUUGGAACUCUUUGAGGAAAAUGAAAGGAAGAAGCUCGCAAUUUUUACAGCCCUUGCAUUUUCUCAGAAGUUGUCAGGGCUCCCACCAGAAACUGUGUUCCAACCACUUCUCAAAGAUAACCUUGUUGCCAAAGGGCUAGUUCUCUCAUUCAUCACUGACUUUUUCAAGGUAUAUUUGGUCGACAACAGUCUUGAUGAUCUGAUAUCAAUUCUUAAGCGGGGUAAGGUUGAUGACAAUCUUCUUGAAUUCUUCCCAUCUGCAAAGAGGACACCUGAAGCUUUCUCUGAACAUUUCACCAAGGAGGACCUCUUACCUUUGGUAGAGUACUACAAAAAGAAGAUUUUUGAGGUGAAACUCAAAGACAUGAAAACUGCAUUAACAACUCAGAUAUCUGAGGAAGCUGAUAUGUCUGAAGUCUUAGAAACGGUAAAACAGCAUAUUAAAGAUGCUAACCUACCAGAUAUUGAGGUGGUGCGGAUUCUGUGGGAUGUCUUGAUGGAUGCUGUUCAGUGGUCUGGGAAGAACCAACAACAGAAUGCUAAUUCAGCUCUUCGCCAGGUGAAAACAUGGGCUGAUCUGUUAAAAACAUAUUGCACUACCGGAAAACUCGAGCUGGAACUCAUAUACAAAGUCCAAGUUCAGUGCUAUGAGGAUGCCAAGCUAUUGAAGCUGUUCCCUGAAAUUAUAAGAUCCCUUUAUGACCAGGAAGUGCUUGCUGAGGAUACCAUUCUUCAUUGGUUCCGCAAAGGAACUAACCCCAAGGGCAGGCAAACUUUUGUGAAGUCGCUGGAACCCUUUGUCAAGUGGUUAGAGGAGGCUGAGGAAGAGGAUUAAGGCUUGUGGUUGGCUGAUCAUGUCCAGUUAACUAUCACUUACAGUGCUGGUGUUCCUGCUGUAUUACUAUGCCUUCCUUUUAUUUUUUCUUUAAAAAUUUUAAUCUAAGAGUAGAAUACUAAACUUGGUACCAAAUUGUGAGUUUGCUUUAUUUUUAAUGUUGUAUUGAAGUUGAAGUCUGGUAUGAACUAUUUCUUGCUAUAAGUAAGGCUCUGUGGAUUCUGUUCUUAUGUUGUCAA